UGCUAUCUAUCAAUAACAUAGACGAACUCAAACACAAUACUCCUCAGCGUAAAUGGGUAGAUUGGAUCAAGAAAUACACCGUACCGAACGCUAAGACAACUGAAGGACUCCCAUGGAACGACAACAAAAUCUGGUUAGAGAUGGUUGGUGAUUCCAAAAUCAAACCAUCUAUUUAUGCAGUAGCUGUCGCAACUUGGUGGUCGUUAAAGGAAGGGAUUUUUGAAGAACCAUACAGUAAAUUCAUUAAACUUGAUGUUCCGGAAACUGAAGGAUACUUAUUCAACUAUAAUCUCUGCACUGAGAUGGAAAAUGGCAAAGUAAAAGAAAACUCCAUGAUUGGCCCUAAUAAGGUAUGCCUCGAGAAUGCUCCACAAUGUGGAAGCUGUUGGCAAAAUGGAAUAUUCGGUAUGGAGAUGGGGGGCGAUCUCACCGCCGUAAAAGUUGCUAUAGCCGCCGAGAAUAUCUACAAAGGAAAGACGUAUUGGACCGUGAUCAAAGAUACAAUGAGUCUUGCAGGUUUUGGUCCUGGAAGUAGCGUAUACCAGAGGUUACUUGAGUGUUUCCCAAAUAACAAAUCGGUUCCAGCUAGAGAUUUGAACAUGGAGUGCGCGAACUUGGUAAAGAUAUGGCUUGUCAGGAAUCAUCUUGUCGGAUUAUCUGUUGUUGUGAAUAACAAUCCAAGUUGCCUUCGCAAAUCCACCUUUGACGACCCUCGUGCUGAAUGUAAAGACCCGUGGCAUGAAUAUCCUAAUCCUAUAUUCGCUCAUAGUUUUUUGGAUGCGAAAAACACUAUAAACAUUCUUGCCAAAUAUUUUGCCAACCAAUGA